GAUGGCGACCGUCGAGGGGGCGCGAGGCGUCCCCGCGUGGGGGGUUUUACUACGCGCGUUGCCCGGAAAGCGCUCGAGCGCCCUAAAGGUAGCGCGCGCGCGCGAGCCCGGAAGUGGGCGACUCGAGACGUCCGUUAGCCCAGCCGAGCGUCGCGUGGCUGGGGGGAGUGACUGACAGGAAGACAUUUGCGUGUGGGUUUUGCAUCUCAUCUCGCUGGAGGUCCAACGGCGCGCGCCUUGCUACGCGUGCGUGUCGUGUGUCUGCAGAGUGUGUUUGGUUGCAGAUCAACCUCAGGUAUGAAGAGAGGAAAGAAGGAAGGGGCCGAGGCUGCUGAUGGGGACCAGGACAAUGGCACUGCUGCUGCGAAGAAAGGGAAGAAGGGGAAAGAACCAGAGGCUCCCAUAAUGUACGAAGACCCUCCAGAUAUAAUGACCAGCAAAGAUGGACAAGCCGCCAACAUGAAGAUCACGUCCUGGAAUGUGGAUGGUCUCAGGGCGUGGGUGAAGAAGAAAGGCCUAGAUUGGGUUCGUGAGGAGGCUCCAGAUGUUUUGUGCCUGCAGGAGACCAAGUGUGCUGAGAAGGCGCUACCCGCCGAGAUCACCUCCAUGGAGGAGUACCCACACAAGUACUGGGCCGGCUCAGAGGAAAAGGAGGGCUACAGCGGCGUGGCCAUGCUCUGUAAAACGGAGCCCGUCAACAUCACAUACGGCAUCGGCAAAGAGGAACAUGACAAGGAGGGCCGAGUCAUCACCGCAGAGUUCCCCGCCUUCUUCCUGGUCACGGCCUAUGUGCCCAAUGCUGGGCGAGGCCUGGUGCGCCUGGACUACCGCAAAACCUGGGACGUGGAUUUCCGCGCCUACCUGAGCGAGCUGGACAAGCGCAAGCCGCUGGUGCUGUGCGGCGACCUGAACGUGGCCCACGAGGAGAUCGACCUCAAGAACUCCAAGGGGAACAAGAAGAACGCCGGCUUCACCGCCGAGGAGCGCGAGGGCUUCAGCCAGCUGCUGGCAGCCGGUUUCACCGACAGCUUCCGCCAUCUCUACCCUGAGCAGGCCAACGCGUACACCUUCUGGACCUACAUGAUGAACGCCCGCGCCAAGAACGUGGGUUGGCGGCUUGACUACUUCCUGCUGUCGGCCGGCCUGGUGCCAGGUCUGUGUGACAGCAAGAUCCGCAACAAGGCACUGGGAAGCGACCACUGUCCCGUUACUCUGCACAUAGCGGUGUAGACUAGUAUCUGAUGCCUAAGUACCGUGUGCCAUAAGGAUGCAGGUAUUCAUUCCAACCAAACCGUCAACCAGAGACAGAAUGAGUGAGUGAAAUCACCUGGUUAAGUUUGGUUGAAAUGAAAGCCUACGUACUUCUUGGUGUUUCAUGAUGCAUCAUUAUAGAACGUUGGCCUACUGGUUUAAGGUUCAUAUUUAGAGUGAGGCUGUUGCCUUAUUUGUCUUCACUGUAUGUUAGUGGUGCUGUCAUUCUCCGACUCGUUAAAACUAACCCGGAUGUGUUUCAGUGAUACAUCACUAAGGUUUAAAAAGAAAAAGUGUCAGUUGUCGGAUGAAUGGCCCACUCAUGUUCACUGCUUCAGUAGAUGCAGGAAGUAGUAGUAGCGGAUCAGCUGUGUAGAUUUUUGUCUUUUUCUGUUUGUGGCUUUAAUGGACACUUGAUAAUCAGCCAACUCAAGGUCAUAGGAAAAUCAAAUCAGGACACUGCCAUAAUUCACACGUCAUCUUUCUGAAAUAGACAAGAAGUGAUCACUUAACAUUAAGCUAUAGACGCCGAUCAUUUGGGCAACACUGUAAACGGGAAACAACACUAAAUCUUAAAGAGAUCCAGUGACUACAAGCUAAAAUUUGUCAGCUGGGAUUGUGGUUUUGUGUCACAAAAUGUUUGCAGCCGUUACAGGCUGCCAUGUUUGACCAAGCAACAACAGCAAACCUGUAACAUCACCUUUUCCUCUCGGGAACAUAUUCCCAAAAGUCAUGGCACUGCAGAGGAUUUACACAUUUUAGGUUGGGGAGGUGAUGAUGUCACAUCCUCCAGUAUGGCGACAUUUCCCUCAACCAUGAAACUGCUCUCCGAACGUCACGACCAACCAGAGUAUGAAGGUGUCUGCGCUCAUUAGAAAUUAAGCUGUUACUGCAAUACUAAUUUGUACAUUUUCCUUUCACAACGGGUUGUUGUAAGCUUGUAUGCCCUUUUAUAAAUGAAUGCUCUUGUUUUUUGCCCUCCAAAUGCUGUUGUUCGUUUCCUCCAUACUUCUCAAUAAAAAAAACUAGAUUUCUUAAAA